AUGGAUUCUGGAAAACAGCAUCCCCUAGAACACAGCCGGCCUUGCCACAUCGAGACGGACUUUCUGCCGAGCAGCCCGGAGGCUCUGCUGGCCGCCAUGAACUCUAAGCUUGAGCAGAGCUCGGCGCUGCCCAUGGCUGCGCACACUCCUCUGCCCCGCCACAUCCGCUGGGGCUUGACCACCCUCAGCAGCUCCCUGUUCAUCAGCAACAAGACCCAGGACAGCAGGGCUGCCCACAGCUGCCACCCAGCGCGUGAGGUGCUGGCCAGCCUGCCCCUGCAGAUGAUGCUCUACUUCAACGCCUUCUACUUCCCGCUGUGGUGCGUGGCAGAGGGGACGAUGCUGCUGCAGAAGUACGGCCUGCUGCCCCGCUACUACCAGCUGCUGCUGCUCGCCGCCUUCCUCAUCCUCUCGCUGGGCGAAGGCCUCCGCCUCUUCCUCGGCUACGUAGGGAACCUGCAGGAGAAGGUGCCUGAGCUCGCUGGCUUCCUCCUCCUCUCGGUCCUCAUCCACCUCCCCCUCCUGCUUUUCCUGCUCACGGACAACAACAUCAUCCGGCUGCCCCUGGAGAUGGCCGUGCACAUCCCRUACCUGGCAUUCCUGGUCUCUGAGAUCCCGGCAGCCUUCCUUGCGCUGAGGACAAUGACCAAGCAGCUGGUGAUAGAGUUCCACCUGCAGCAGUUCAUGGAUGGGGACAGGCCACAACAGCCGAGGCAGAAAGGGGCAGGAAACCAAGGGCAGAUGAUGCUCUCGGAACAGCCCUUCAAUAGGACAGGGCAGAAUCGCCUUACUGAGAGACCUCCCAAGAGCUAGGAGCAUUAAACAGUGCUG